AGCUUCUUCCCAAUUCCAAAAUUAAUGGCCAUGAGUUCUUUUUUGAUCAACUCCAACUAUGUGGACCCCAAAUUCCCACCAUGCGAAGAAUAUUCCCAGCACGAUUACCUUCCUAGUCAUACUCCGGAAUAUUUCAGCGGCCAGAGGCGACAGGAGAACUCUUUCCAACACGAGGCGUUGUACCCAGCGCGGUCCGCCUGUAACCAACCAUCCUAUCCUCCAUGUCAGGGCUCUGGGCACCAGCCACCGGUCCUCUCCCCCAGGAGCCAGCAUGCUCCGGCUGGACUUCAGAACCAUCUCUCCGAACCAAAUCAUACUUGCGAAUCCAUCACGCCAAGCCCACCGCCUUCCUGUAGCCAAAACUCUCUCAACCAAAGCCCUGGCAAAGAGCCGGUAGUUUAUCCUUGGAUGAAGAAGGUUCAUGUUAGCACGGUCAACCCCAGUUACACCGGAGGGGAGCCCAAGCGCUCCAGGACAGCCUACACGCGGCAGCAAGUGCUGGAGCUGGAGAAAGAAUUUCACUAUAAUCGCUACCUCACCCGGAGGCGAAGGGUGGAAAUCGCUCACUCUCUUUGCCUGUCUGAGCGCCAGAUCAAGAUAUGGUUUCAAAACCGGCGGAUGAAAUGGAAAAAAGACCACAAGUUACCCAAUACUAAGAUCCGAUCAAAUGCUGCUGCCAACCUGCCGGUGCCAGGCGGAACAGGAGGUCCUCAGGACCGAACCAAUGGGCCGACCCCAAAACCCACCCCCAACCUAUAA